CUUCCCUCUCACUCACUCACUCACUCAGUCUUUUUUUAAGUCUCUCUGAAACCCUAACAUGCUCUCUCUUUGCCUCUCCUUCAAAGCCCUAACUCCCACAAAUGACUCAAACCGCCACAAACCCUAUCAAACCCAUCUCCAAUCUCUCUCUCUCUUCCAACUUCACCCCCAAAAUUUUCCUCAAACCACACCCAACAACAACAACUACCCUUCCCUCCAUUUUCAACUCCAAACCCAAAACCCUCUCUUUCAAAAUCCACUCCUCUUCAAACUCCCCACUUCCUCCUCCUUCCUCCUCUGACACUGAGUUCCUUAUCUCAAUCCUCCACGCAAUACCCGACUGGGCCGACCACAUAAAAGAGCGAGGAAUGCGAAAGAAACGAACUCUUUACAACCACGAGAACUGGAUUCAACAUAGGAGCUCGCUUCGCCAUUGGCGCCACGUCUCGUCGAGCCUCUCCUCCCGUGUGAUCCUAUCUCUGUUCCCUCCGGUGAUCGUCUUCACUUCCUUUGCGGCCAUAAUUGCAGGCUACAAUUCUGCUGUGUCGCUGCACUGGUUGCCGGGUUUUUUCCCAGUGUUGAGGGCCUCAACGUUGCCGUACCAGUUGACAGCACCGGCGCUGGCGCUGUUGUUGGUGUUCAGGACGGAGGCUUCGUAUUCGAGGUUUGAAGAGGGGAGGAAGGCGUGGAUGAAGGUGAUUGCCGGGACCAAUGAUUUGGCGAGGCAGGUGAUUUCUGGGGUUGAGAAUUCAGUCAAUGCGCCGCUCAAGAAGGCGCUUUUGCAGUACAUUAUGGCAUUUCCGGUUGCGCUUAAGUGUCAUUUGGUUUAUGGCCUAGAUGUUAGGCAAGAGCUCCAGAAUGUGCUUGAAGUAGAUGAUCUGGCAAUAGUACUCAAUUCAAAGCAUCGGCCACGUUGCAUCAUUGAGUUCAUCUCUCAAAGCCUCCAGAUGCUAAAGUUGGAGGAAUCAAGGAGAAAUGCACUGGAGUCAAAGAUCUCUGGUUUCCAUGAAGGAAUUGGUGUUUGUGAACAACUUUUGGGUAUCCCCAUCCCCCUGUCCUACACUCGCUUGACCUCAAGGUUUCUAGUCCUCUGGCAUCUCACUCUUCCUAUCAUACUCUGGGAUGAUUGCCAUUGGAUCGUGAUUCCCGCUACUUUCAUGAGUGCGGCUUCUUUGUUCUGCAUAGAAGAAGUUGGUGUUCUUAUUGAAGAGCCAUUUCCAAUGCUGGCACUGGAUGAGCUUUGCAAGCUGGUUCACAAUAAUAUUCAGGAAGCAAUCGCAACCGACAAAAUAAUUCAAGCUCAGUUGACUGCAAAAAUGAGGAGCCACUCUAAGGAGCACUCACCAAAUGGUCGUCCUACUUCUUAGGUUGAUGGGAAGCUCAUUUUUAUUUUCACAAUUUAGGCUACUAGGCAUGGUACCCAUAUAUUUCCCUGUUUGCGGAGCUGGUGGCUAAUUACACGCAUCAUCUGUCAUAUAAAUCGCACAUUAUAGUUGAGCUUUAGCAUCAAAGUAUGUAGAUAUGAAAUUAUUUACUCCCAUGAAAUUUGUUUUCUUAUUUCAUAUGUAUAUAAUAGACUUGUUUUGAUGAUAGAAUUAAUCACCAAUUUGGGCUGCUCUGCA